GGGUAGUAUAGCCGGAAGUAAAAGUAUGAAAAUCGAAAGUAGGUGUUGCUGAUAAUGAAACAAGGCUGAAUAACAACAUUUGAUAGAAAAAUGGGUCCCGUGACAGUCGUGCCACCACCUUUAUCGGCUAAAAAUGUUGAUUCAUUUGCUUACCCAACCAUGAAAGAUCGUAUUCCAGUCAUAAUAUCAAGAAUUGUUGAUAACUUAACUCGAAAUCGGGACAAAAUUAUCAAAAAUUAUCCUGGAGAGGAUUCACUCACAGAGUUGAAAGUAAUUAUUGGGGCUAUGUCUCAACUGCGCUAUGAGGUCAUGACAAAUAAGCCAGCAGCGCCACUAAGGGAUGGCAGAUCAGAUUCAUUUGCCUGGAACACUGAGCUCAAGAAAGAAACUGAAAAAGCGGGAGAAGAACCAAAGUGGUUUGACAGUGCUUGGCUAUGGAUGGAGUGCUACAUGUACCGCAGAGUCUGUGAAUCUGUUUUCAUGAGUAAUUACCUUAAAGACCUGGAUGUCUUUGAAGAGCAAAAGCAAGCAGCGUUUACUAAUUCCUACAAGGCUAUAUCAUCACUGACUAUGUAUUUAAUGGAAAUUUUAAGUGAGCAGGAACUGACACCUUUGGGUUCGAUGACCAAAAACUACUUUUUAGAUUUCUUGCAGCUUUCUCUUUGGGGCAACAAAUGUGACUUAUCUAUAUCUGCUGGCAAUGAAAACCAUCAGGAGCACAAUCCAAUUGAACAACUUGCGAAACUCAAACCAUUUAUACUCAUUGAUCAAGCAGAGGAUGUCUUUCAAAUUCUAUGUAGUGCGUGGGAGAGACUUGGAGGCCAGCCUGGUCAAGUGGAUAUAGUCCUGGAUAAUGCUGGUUUCGAACUUGUGACUGACUUGUGCCUGGCAGAAUUCCUUGUAUCCACUGGCCUUGCUUCCAAGAUUUGCUUCCAUGUCAAAGCCAUGCCCUGGUUUGUGUCAGAUGUAACCGAAAGGGACUUCAUGUGGACACUCAAACAGAUGUCUGCUAUGAACCACUUAGCCAUCAGCAGAUUUAGCCAGAAGUGGAAAUCCUACUUGCAGGAUGGAAAAUGGUCUUUGAGGGUCAGCGACUACUGGACAAUGCCUAAUGAUUACAAUCAGAUGAAAGAGUUGUUUCCUAAUUUGUACAGUGACUUAAGUUCCACUGAUUUCAUUUUAUUUAAAGGUGACCUAAAUUACAGGAAGCUGGUUGGUGACCUUCAGUGGGACCCCACAACAGAUUUCUCAGUUGCUUUGAGAGAUUUUAAGCCUGCACCACUAUGUGUCUUGCGUACACUGAAGAGUGAUGUGGUCGUUGGUUUGAAUCCGGGUCAGGCAGAAGAUGUGAAAAAAAUAGAUGGCAACUGGAUGAUUAAUGGAGAGUGGGCAGUUAUAUCAGUUCAGAGUGUAGAUCCAAGUACCUCCGAGAGUACUGCACAUUGAUGUAAAAAAAAAAAAAAGAAAACUAUUUUGAAGUGUUCCUUAAAUUAAUGUACCUUGAAUUUAUGUCAGAAUAUAUUUAUGAUGUUUGACUCUUUCUUUUUGUUUAUGCACAUAGAACUUCCUUUUCACAAAAUGUAAAUAUUUAAGGAAAAAGAUAUUUUUUUAAGAAGUCUUUUUUUUUUUUUUCUUUUAAAAGUUUUAAUCAUUAGAUUUUGCUUGUGAAUGCAUCUUUUUUUUUAUCUUUCAAUUUAAUGAAUGUUGUUGUUUUUUUAUGUUUGCCAUGAAUGUGAUAUAAGUAAAGUACUUUUUCAGACCUUAUAGGGCAGAUGAUGUAAAGGUCAGUUGUUUCUAUGUCCGACAGCAAGGGUGUCAUGUGGCCAACAUAACGAACAACCGCUUUUAUUUUCCUUAACUAAUGUCAGGUAGCCAUUAGAGUUGGGUGGACUUAGGGGGAUCCUUAAAUUCAAACUCUCAGUCUUCACUGAGAUUUCAACCUGAGACCUCUCAGUUUGGAUUUUGAAGCCCUCAGCCACUAAGUCAUAAGUUUUAUACCAAAUUUAAACAUGUGGAUAAAAACAUAAAAUGAAAAAAAAAAAGUUUCUGUGUGGUAUUCAAAUGUAAAGUCCUGAGAGUAAUUCUGUGUUGUUUUUUUUUUAAAGCCCUAAACUAUCAAUGUGACUAUAGACAAGAGUGCCUGGGAUUGUAGAAAUGAAUGUACUUGAUGCAUUGAGUUUUGUUUGAUUUAUGCAAACCAUAUUCAUUUAUAUUUAACUAUUUCAUAUUGAAAUUAAACAGUGUUUAUUUUGUACAAAUAUUUCUCUACUACAAAAUAAAAAUUUUUAUUCCCAAAAUAAAUGUUGGAUUUCAACUGC